AAAUGGAUAACUUACGUGACCUACUUUGGUUUUUUAUAUAUAAAAAAUUGAUAUUUAUAUGAGGCCAAAAUUCCUCACAUCCAGCAAGUAGCCACUCUCAAUUGAGACUGAUACUCCAUAUUCCUUCAUUACUAUCUCUCUCUCUCUCUGAUUAUCACGCGCCACCAACCACCAUGCCUCACCGCCACCACAUCCUCCUCAUACCAUACCCAGUACAAGGCCACAUAAACCCCGCCUUCCAAUUCGCUAAACGACUCAUUUCUUUAGGUGCACACGUCACUCUCUCUACCACCCUACAUAUGCACAACCGCAUCACACACAAACCCACCCUCCCUAACCUCUCCUAUCUCCCUUUUUCCGACGGCUACGACGACGGCUUCCAAUCCACCGGCACCGACGCUUACUUACUCUACACCUCCGAAUUCAAACGCCGCGGCUCCGAGUUUAUCGCAAAUCUCAUUCUCUCCAACUCACAAAAAGGUACCCCUUUCACUUGCUUAGUUUACUCCCUCCUCCUUCCUUGGGCCGCAGAGACAGCGCGUGGGUUUCACCUCCCAACGGCGUUACUAUGGGUUCAACCAGCCACGAUGUUCGACAUUUUAUAUCAUUACUUUCACGGUUACUCCGAGUCCAUUAAAAACCCCUCAGUUUCCAUAAAAUUACCAGGUUUGCCACUUCUAUCAGCACGCGACUUACCCUCGUUUCUAUUGGACACGUGUCCAAGUUCGUACGCUUUAAUGCUUUCAUUCUUUGAAGAACAGUUUAAGGAACUUGAUGUUGAAACAAACCCAACUACAAUCCUUGUGAACUCGUUUGAAGCAUUGGAACCAGAUGCAUUGAGAGCCGUUGAAAAUUUAAACAUGAUCUCGAUCGGACCGUUGAUUCCUUCAGCGUUUUUGGACGGUAAAGAUCCAACGGAUAAUUCAUUUGGUGGUCACAUUUUCCAACCUUCAAAUAAUUGCGUUGAAUGGUUGGACUCUAAGCAAGAAAAUUCGGUUGUUUAUGUUUCUUUUGGUAGUUUGUGCGUGUUACCAAAGAAACAAAUGGAGGAAAUCGCACGUGCGUUGUUGGAUUGUGGAUUUCCAUUCUUGUGGGUGAUUAAAGAAAAAGAGGAGGAGUUGAAUUGUAGAGAGGAGUUGGAAGAGAAAGGGAAGAUAGUUAAAUGGUGUUCACAAUUGGAGAUUCUUUCACAUCCUUCUUUGGGUUGUUUUUUGACGCAUUGCGGUUGGAAUUCGACGAUAGAAAGUUUGGUGUCAGGAGUUCCUUUGGUGGUGUUUCCUCAGUGGGCAGAUCAGAUGACUAAUGCGAAGUUAGUUGAAGAUGUGUGGAAGAUUGGGGUGAGGGUGGAUCAUAAAAUGAAUCAGGAUGGAAUUGUAAUAGGGGAGGAUAUAAGAAACUGUUUGGAAGUGGUUAUGGGGAGUGGAGGGAAAUGUGAGGAAUUGAGAGAGAAUUCAAAGAAAUGGAAGGAAUUGUCUAGAGAAGCUGUGAAGGAAGGUGGCUCUUCAGAAAAUAAUCUGAGGGGUUUUCUGGAUCUUGUUGGAUUGAAUCAUGAUGUAGAUGUAUCACUAUGUGUGGCUGAAAAUGCAUGAUUCAAAUUCCAGUGGACCAUUAAUGACAACUGCUAAACAUUUCAUACUCAUCAAUGGUUAUUCUAUAUUUCUAUGGGAAAACAUUUUUUACUACAUGAAUAAUAACCAAAAUAUUUCUUACUCAUCAA